CUCGGCAUCAUCAGGAGCAGCAGCAGCAGCAGCCCUGGCAGGAGCCAGAGCCCGGCAGCCGAGGCUGCAGCCAGCUGCUGCCAUCCCCUACCCGCACCGGCACCCAGUCACAGCCCCGGCCCCACUGCUCCCGGGGGGAAUAGGGCAGAGGGAGCUGAGGGAGCUACACUGCAGAGGGAUCCCAGACAACCCAGGUGAUGACCUGAAAAAAUCAUGUCUGAGGUCCAGGGAACGGUCGAGUUUUCUGUGGAGCUACACAAAUUCCAUAAUGUGGACCUCUUCCAGAGAGGGUAUUACCAGAUAAGAGCUGGACUGAAGAUCCCAUCCAGAAUUCCCCACAGGCUGUUUGCUACGAUUGGAGGACAGACAGGUGAUUCCAGCCUUUGCUCAGCCUGCGUUCAUGAAAACAACGUUUACAGCAGAAUAUUUCAGAUUUUGUACAGAAAUGAAGAGAUCAUUCUUAAUGAAUCAAUGAACUUCAGAGUGCACCUGCUUCUGGAUGGCGAAAGGGUGGAAGAUGCUUUGAAUGAGGCAGAUUUUCAGCUCAAGCUGGACCUACACUUUACUGAUAGUGAACAACAGCUGAGGGAUGUUCCAGCAAUCCCCGUGAUCAGCAGCCGAACACUGUGUCUCCACUUCCACCCCCGGCGAGGUCUGCACCACCAUGUCCCUGUCAUGUUUGACUAUUUCCACUUGUCAGUGAUCUCUGUCACAGUCCAUGCGUCCCUGGUGGCACUACACCAGCCUCUGAUCAGUUUCGCUCGUCCAGGGAAAGGUUCUUGGCUUGGUAAAGGCAACCUGGAGGCGGGACCAGACCAGUCCAGUAUGUCUUUAGAAAAUCUAGUGUUUGGAGCUGGCUACUGCAAACCCACUUCUUCAGAGGGCAGCUUUUAUGUCCCAUCUGAAAACUGCAUGCAGCAUGCAUACAAAUGGCAUAAGGACCUCUGUCUUCUGCUCCUGAAUGCUCAAAGAGGACUUCACACGUACUACACCCUCAUAAUGAAUGAGGUUCCUGAUUUACCACAGCUGAAGUUGGAGGAGCUAUCUGUGGAAGAGACGUUGUCCCAUCUUUGUAUGGAGCUGCAGCUGUUGAGCAAUCCGGAAAAGAUAGCAGAACAGAUAAGCAAGGACCUUGCCUGGCUUUGUUCUCACCUCCUGGCCCUGUGGACCCAGUUCCUAGAGGUGGCAACGCUCCAUCCAGAAGUCACAGCUUAUCUGACUCAGGAACAUCACAUGCUAAGGGUGAGGAGGUUCUCAGAAGCCUUCUUCUACACUGAGCACCAGAAACCUGCUGUGCUCACAUUCCAGGAAGGCCUGAUCCAAAGCCACGCACAGAUUUCUACAGAAAUUCGUAACUCGGAGUAUUUCACCAGCAUGCCCCCGCUGCCGGCAGAAUGCCUCGACAUCGACGGGGACUGGAACACUCUCCCAGUUAUCUUUGAAGACAGGUACAUGGAUAUGCCUUGCAAAGAUCAGAAUUUGGAAGUUUUCUCAGAUUUUGAGGUUCCUGCAAAUACUCAAAUGGAUGUAAUAAAUGAAAAUGAAGACUGUGCAUCAAAUGAUGCCACUGCAGUAAUGAAAGGAGACUUUGGGAAAGGUAUUCCACUAAUACAUGACAGGAUAAACAGGAAUCCCUCAUGCUUAUACAGCAGUACUGAAGGUGCUGCUGAGGGUUUAAACCAGCACUCCACAUCUCAGGUAUAUACAGCGAACAAAGAAGGCCAAAGGAAAUCUGAAAAUAUUUUUGUUUCAAGAAGGGAAACUGUUUCUGACUCAGAGUCAGGCAAUACAGAACACACGUCAGGAGACUUUGAAACACCCAAGGAAGUUUUAUUAAAAGAUAAUAGACUUGGGGCAGAUGUUACUUGUGGAGACACAAAACCUAGCAAUAAGGACUCUCACAAAAGUGAGCCUGUGUUAAUUGUCAGUGGUCAGUAUGAGUGUGGAGCAUGUGGAACUGAUGGCUCAGAAGACAGGACUGAAAUACCUGAAAUAGAUGAAUCUGGUCAUCCUGAGAAUAAUUUCACUUCAUCUGAGCUUGCACUGAAUGAUUUGACCAGUCUUCAAAAACCAGAAGAUUCUGACACCAAGGCUCAUCUCCCUGUUUUGAAACCUUUGCCCUCACACUGCUUUGAAGCGAAAUUGCUCACAAAGGAGCAACGAAGUGAGGAGAGCGAAGAGUUUACCCUCAUGACAGGGGUCAUUAAAAGAUCUUCCUCUAUAAUAUCUGAUUCAGGCAUUGAAAGUGAACCAAGCUCAGUGGCGUGGUCUGAUGCUCGGAGUCGGGUGCUGGAGCUGCCCAGUGAUCGAGAGAUCCUGCACCCCUUGGUCCGGAGGCACGCCAUCCACCGGAACUCCCUGGAGGGCGGACACACGGAAAGCAACACCAGCUUGCCCAGUGGGAUCCAAGCAUCGCUCACAUCCAUCAGCUCUUUGCCUUUUGAGGAAGAGGAGCGGGAAGUGGAGCUCACCAAACUGACAAAAUCUGUCUCAGCUCCUCAGAUCAGUAGCCCAGAAGAGCCCACGGAGGAGGUGGAUAUAUCCAAACAUGGUGAGGCAACCUCAGGAGACCAAAACCCAAAAAGCUGCAUGGAAACAGAGGGUGAAGAUGGGAAAUUAAUCAUUGACUCUUCUGAGUGUCAAAUCACCACUGAAAGUGGACAAAUAGAGUCAAGACAACAUCCCAAACUCCCCCUCAAACACAGUAGCAGUAACACUGAGUUACAAGGGGAGGAGGAGAAAGGUUUUCCAGAGACUUGCUGUAGUUUGGAAAAUGCAAGACCACCCCCUUGUCCAAAGCAGCUCCAAGAUAAUGUCUCUGAGAGCCAGUCACUGGAGAGCAAUGGUGAGUGCAGCUUAAAAACACCAAGGGCUUGUAAUUACUUGGACCAAAAUAUAGAUAAGUUCGAUACAUUCAUUGAGGAUCCAAAGGAUAAACUUAAGCUGGACAAAUUAAAAAUACAACAGGGCUUCUCCAAUAGCAGAAUUUUAGGAGAGGAGAGUUUCUCUCAAAGUGUAAAGGUGGUACCAGAUUUGUGCUAUCCCAUUACAGCUCCGUCAGAGACCUCCACUGAAUUUGACUCACUGCAAGGAGAGUAUGGCAGCUCUCUUGCUGAUGAGAGCCCGGCAGUGUGUGCAGAAAUGCAGGUGUUACAAGAAAUAGAGCUCAAUGACUCACCUGCCCCAGCAGACCCUGCAGCAGGGUCCUACCAGGCUGAACAUCCUCAGGAACCCAACAGCCAAGAGCAUAAACUUGUAGUGAACGGCACCGGGUUUCCUUUGGCAGUGACGGAGGGAGUAGCCCUGGAAAGCAGAAAGGCUGCUGAUGUGGUUAACCUGUCAGUCUCUUGCACAGCCACGUGUCUUCCCUUCUCUUCCGUGCUCAAAGAGACCCCCGCCAUGGUCGGCUUCUCUGCAAAGCAGGCUGUGAUCCCUAUCACGCGCCAGCCCCUGGGCUCCUUCGGAGUUGUCUCUUCUAAUUCUGAUGAGGUGGAUGAAGAGACGAACGAAAGAAUGCUGAAUUUUUAUCAGGCCAAAGAAAAAUUUAAAAAAGAAAUGAAGAUUGAAGGAUUUCUGUACAGUGACUUAUCUGUACUAGCUUCUGAUAUCCCGUAUUUUCCACCAGAGGAAGAGGAAGAAAAUUUAGAAGAUGGAAUUCACCUGGUUGUGUGUGUCCAUGGGUUGGAUGGUAACAGUGCAGAUCUGCGCCUGGUAAAGACUUUUAUAGAACUGGGACUUCCUGGUGGAAAACUGGACUUCCUAAUGUCUGAAAGAAAUCAGACUGAUACUUUUGCUGAUUUUGAUACAAUGACUGACCGAUUAUUGGAUGAAAUUAUUCAGCAUAUCCAGUUGUACAACCUCUCUAUAUCCCGAAUAAGUUUUAUUGGACAUUCCCUUGGUAAUGUCAUCAUUCGAUCUGUACUAACUCGGCCCAGGUUUCGCUAUUACCUCAACAAGUUACACACUUUCCUGUCCCUCUCUGGCCCUCACCUGGGAACCCUUUACAACAACAGCACUUUAGUUAGUACAGGUCUGUGGCUUAUGCAGAAGUUGAAAAAGUCAGGGUCUCUUUUGCAACUGACCUUCAGGGACAAUGCGGAUCUGCGCAAGUGUUUCCUCUAUCAGCUCAGCCAAAAAACGGGUCUCCAGUACUUUAAAAAUGUUGUGUUAGUGGCCUCACCCCAAGACAGAUAUGUACCCUUCCAUUCAGCAAGAAUAGAAAUGUGCAAAAAUGCACUUAAGGACAGACACACAGGUCCUGUUUACGCAGAGAUGAUUAACAACCUGCUCCAGCCUUUGAUUGGGGCAAAGGACUGCACUUUGAUCCGACACAACGUGUUCCAUGCCCUGCCGAACACGGCCAACACGUUGAUAGGCCGGGCUGCCCACAUUGCUGUGCUGGACUCUGAACUUUUCCUGGAGAAGUUUUUCCUCGUGGCAGGACUCAACUACUUCAAAUAGUGCCUGAAGUACGGGGUAGCAGAGGCCAACCUUUUCACAGAACAGAGGAGAAUCCCUUAGCCAAAGGAGUGCAGUGUUAGAAAUGAGAUCAGGUGGGACUUUCAAACUUUCCAUUUCCAUUUCUCUUUCAGAGAAUAAAGUGCUAUGGCUUUAAGGCAUUCAAGCUUCCAAGUAUUGGUGCUUUUGGAAGAAAUAAAUAUUCCUCUUCGGUUUCUAUGUUCUUUGUCCACAUAAAGACAUGAGUCACUUCUGGACUACAGAAUCAGAAUAAGCAGGCUAAUUCUCCAAAUGUGUUUGGACCAAUAUAAUUCCUGUUUCUCCUGAAUAUUAAACCAGGAAUUUGUCUGUCCUUGAUUUAAUGCUUAUUUAUGUAUUAACAAAGGUAUACAUUUGUAGCACUUUUGGGGUAGUUAACACAAGAGGAAACAAGUGUAUGUGAACUCAGGUUAAAACCUCCUUUGUGAUGAACUGAGAAGUCUGAAAACCAUUUAUGAAAGUUUCAGUGUUUCUGUUUGUUGCAAGAAAAUAUUUGGAUGAUUCCAUUACUGGUUUUAAUUUGUAACAUACAUAAAUUGUAACAUACACAAAUUCUACAUUCAAAUAAGGGAAAGGAGUGAAAUAUUUUACAUAAAAUGAAGAAAUAUUGGUAUUUGUCUUUAAAAAGAAACCUCAACUUUAAGUUGGCAAGAAUUUUAUUCAAAUAAGAAGCUGCCAAACCAAGAGGAGUCUACUGGAUUACUUGUAAAAUAUCAGUGGCAUCUGUUCACAUUUCUUCUGUUUACAUUUAUUGUGGUUGUUAUAACCUUAGAGGUACAAUUUUUACUUUUACCUUUGUAUGCAAGUACAUUUACCCUGACAAUUUUAUUUAUUUAUUUUUUAAUUAAUUACUCUGAUUUGAAAUUCCAAAUACCCUUAAAAAACCCCAAACACUUAAAAAACAAAAGGCUGGAAAUGUAGAAUAGUAAGGAUUGUGGAAAAAAGAAUGUCUUCUUAAGAUCCUCUGCAAUACCCUAUGAAUGUUUUGUUAAUACCCCUUUGCAGUGCUGUAUAGUCCUAAUUAUUAUAUGGUUUCAGGUGGUUCGAACAUUUAAAAAUUUAUUCAUGCCAAGAUAUCCAAGUUGUUUUUAAGAGUUUGGAAGAGAACAUUUUUCUCACUUUUUAUUUUUUUUCAUCAAAUUUUCAUUAAAAUAUUUAUCAAAAAAUUAUCAGAUUUAAAGUGGCAAAUUUCAAUAACUUUCUGUACAUUUUCAUAACAUUUUGAUAAAUUUUCAAUGUCACAGCAGUUUUUUCAAAAAAGAGAAAAUGAAUAAUCCUUCACAAUUAUUUUUGUUUGAAAGGUAGGCUAUUUUUUAAUGCAGAUAUAGUUUGUUUAAAAACAAAAAUAAACAGGUCUCUAUAUCUUGUAACAAAGACUGUAAAAAAAUUUACAAAGAGGGUUUUGAGGUGUCAAGGGUCUCAUCAGUAAAUUAAGAUCAAGACAGUGGAGAUUUUUGAAAUAAGAGAAUAAAAAAUGCAAACAAAAAACCUCACAACCACAGGGAAACAUUUGUACAUGCAAAAAGUAAAACUAUUUUUUCUCAAAAGAAAAAAUGUGAAAAACUUACACAAAAUCAGUUCAAGAAAAGAGUUGUUAGCAGGCUGGCAAACGCCGAUAAAGAACAAGUCUGGUUUGAUAAGGUGGGCAUUCUUCUCCUUAAUAAGGAAGGAGAAAGAAGGAAUAUACCAAAGAGUGAGAUUAAGAUCAACUGAAAAUAAGAAGGUAUAUUACAUAUAAAAAUCUUGUGCCCUCAAAGGGGUAGAAAUUUAUAGAAAGAGUUCCAUGGUGUAAUUCACUCUCAACAAGUUUUUUAAACAUUAAAUAUUACCUCAGCAUUAUAAUUAAAUAGAUAAAUACUAUUUUCUCUUUUUUUAUUUCUUUUCCUUUUUAUAAAUUGACAAUUAAAAGUUAAAAGUCGAUUUUAGCCCAUUAACAAAUAAAUCAUGUCAGGAAUUAAGAACUUCUCGGUUUCACUUCUUGUUUGGAAAUUCCUUCUCACUUUUCAGCCUCAGCUGUCUAAUGCCACCUACACUGACAUAUCACAGCUUACUUCUUCCUCGGUAAAUUGUCUAGAGAAUUUUAAUGUUAUGGCAUGUGGAGGUUGAGCUGUUAUACAGUGCAGUAUUUUUGAGCCAGGACAUGGAUUUUUUGUGAAAAAAACGAGAAAGAAAAGCAAUCUCGAACCAUCAGCAAGCUUCAGUGUGGUGUAUGAGGGUCUUGUCCACUUGUAGAAAAUGUUCAGGAGUCUGCCACCAGAAAAUUCGGAAAAAAUAUUUAGAAGGAAUUUAGUUUACACCUACAUACAUGCCUGGUGGGUGUGUGUGUGUGUAUGUAUACAGUCUGCAUGAAGAAAUAUGCUUAUGUCAAAGUCUCACACCAACUUUUGCAAUCCUGGAUGUACUGAGCCUGACAAUGUACCAGUGUAACUGUUCUUCCCCUCAGAUUGGUGGUUCUUGCCUUGCCUUGUACACUGGACAGCAUUCCCAGCCUUCUACUUGCAUGACUGUGAGACAAGGGACAUGUGAAAAGAUCUCUGUUUUGCUGCAGAAGUUGGUGGGCCUUUCCAUGUGUUCACUUUGACAUCCUACACUCCUACCAGUGCUCUGACUGAUGGAGAAAUACACCUAAAGGUUUCAGUGCUCCUAUACAUAUGGAAUUCUUUGAUGGCUCAGUCUGAUUUCAGAAUUGGAAUGUAUAUGGAGUUGGAUUAGGUCCAUAAAACUUACACCUUGUGGGUUAUGGCGAGAGCUUCUAUCGAGCCUCAGAAAAAUCUGGGAGAUGUCAUUCCUAUCAAAAGAUAAGAUACAGAUUUUAUCUUCCUUCUGCUGGCAGAACAUUGUGGGAUAUAUUGGCAGUAACAGUCUAAUUGAGUUUUCAUUUUAACAUUGUCAGAACAACCUCCCUCUCUUUUUCUUCUUUAUUUUUAACAGUAUGUUGCCUUGAUAAUGACUCUCAAUACUGUAAACCCACUUAACUGUAUAGACUAUACUGCAAAGAAAUCUGCAUUUUCAUUACAAUACAAAUAGUAUCUAAGUUGCUGGACUUCAUCAGCUACAGCGAUCAGCAUGGACUUAUUUUCAGAUUUUUUGUUUGCACAGAAAGAACUAUACAUUAAAAAUUAUCUUCAUAAAAAGAGCAAACUAAAUGCACAGUUAGCAUCUUUGUUUCUGUCUCAGCCAUUGGAAUUUUAGUAUAUUGUUCUUUCACGUAAAGCCUUUUAAAAUAAAUUUAGCUGCACUUGCAAAUGCAAACUGCACAAACUCCCCUUGACUUCAUGUGUCUAUGGGGGUAGAGUUAAACUUUUAAGCUCAGCUCUCACAUUUAUAGAGGAUAAGAUAGGUUUUCAAAACCUUGGACAGAGGAGGGACAAACAGGAGUUUUUUGUAGCUUGUCAGUGUCAGUGUUUGCUGUAUGUGAAGUGAAACCCCCUUCAAUUCCGUGAGAUUUUUCAGUUAAGAAAAAACAAAGCCAGUAUUCCAGGGUUGUUUCUUUGGCAUGUAGGAAGAUUAUAACCAGUAUGGAGGAUCUCCUGGCUCCACCAGGUGAACUGCAUUUGGCUGUUAAGGUUUCCAGUGUUAGAGAUGAACGAUGGGCCAUAGCCCAGAUGAGUAAGUUCUCUGGAAGGAAAGGUGAUAGCCCACAUAUAGAAAAAGAGGAGCAGAGAUGAAGAGAGGAGCAGAUCUCAGGGCUUUGAAAGACAGAGGAAAUGAUGGAGGAAAGGAAGGAAGACAAGAAGUUUCUGAAGCAGUUUGUAGCAUUUAAAAAGACUGACAUUAACUGUUUUAAAAAAUUUGAAGCACUUGAAAACAGUGCAAUUAUAACAAUUCAAUGAAUAUCUAUGAUUAUGCUUUUAAUAAUAACUGGAUUAAUAUUUUCCAAUAUUUUGGGGCUUCUAGAUCCCAUUGAGCUCAACUCUUGGAAGAAUUUAGUAUCUUCUGGAAUUGAAUAUUUUUUUCUUAAAUCUGACUGAAAAGAAACUGCAGUAUUGACUAAGUGUGAGUAGAUGAGGGACAAGAAGAGCGAGUUCUUUCUUUCUGCAGGUGGGCUGAGGAUUUUCAGAGCUGGUUUUGAAUCUCCUGGAAAUUGAAGAGCCCAUCUCCUGUAUCCUCUGGAAAUGUUUCUACUUGGAGAAUCAUAGACUUUGGCUGGUCUAAUUUCAUUACUUAAUUUGUGCUUAAAAAUUAGUUGCAAAAUGAAUUUAUUCUAUGAAAAUAAAAGUCUUCAUUUCUCUAUGUAGUCAGUGACAUUCAGGAUUACUUAUCUCUAUUCUCUGACCAGGGGACUUAUAAUAAGACUCACUUUUUAGAUAUCUAAGACAUAGACCAAAAUUGGAGGCCCGGCAUUUGAGGACUAGAUGAUCUUAUUAGCUCUUCAGUUUUUCAUACUUGGGCACAGUUUUUGACUGUAUACCUUGAACAAAAGCAAACACUGAAUAUAUAAAUCAGACUCCUUUAAAAUUUGCAGGAAAUGUGUCUUUUCCCAGCCUCCAAUGGAUGCUCAUUUUCUUUUUAAUGAAAUUUAUAAUUUGUUUUCAAAAUCAGGUCUGUCCACUGACAAUAGGGGAAGUUGAAAUUUCUUAGCUUUAAAGGAUUAUUUUUUAAAGACUUGAAACCUUAGUACAGAGCUUUGGAAUUACUUACAGGAAUACUGAGCACUAUUUCACUUCAAAGCACUUCAUAAAUAUCCACUGACCAAUCCUCUUCACUCCCUUGCCAGAGAAGAGCCACACUUGAGAGAUAAAGCUGUUACAAGACAGUGUGAAAACUGGGAAUUCAAGCAAGUUUUCAUUAUUUGUAGAUUUCUAUGGUGCUUUUUGUAUGCUAAAAAAAAAAAAAAGUUAUCUUCCUUUAUACCUCUGCACUUGAAAUAGCUAAAUGGUGAUGAAGGAGAAAGGUGAGAACUUCUAAUAACAAGAUUAGACUCUUGUGCAAGUUUAUGAAAAUAUUCCAUGAAAUUUAAUAUAUAAUGAAUAGUCAUGGGGCAUUUCUGCAGCAGUCUUAGCAUGCAAAUAUGUGUCAGCCCAGCUGAAUGAUUAUUUUCUUUGUGGACUUAAAUUUCCAUUUAUAAAUUAUCGUCAGAACAGCCUAACAUAUUUCACUCCAGAUGGUUAUUUAAAUGUCAAAGGUCAUGUCCGUGGAGAACACUUAUCGAAUGUUUUCCUUUAUUAUAAUACAUAUGCUCAGCAAUUUUGAUAUUGAAUGUUGUUACAUAAUUGAAAGUCUCUGGCUCAAAUUACCUCCUCCCCCAAAUUUUCAGUGUUUGUUUAAUCAUUGAAUUGGUUUCAGGUUGUAAAUCAAUAUAAAUGCAGGUCUAUUGGAGUCAGAGUUCAUCUUCUUUAAUGCAGUUGCUUUAUGGUUGUAGUGUCAGAGUUUCAGGGCAAAUAAUCACUGAAUUAAAAAUUGGGCCAAUUAUGGUUGGAGUCAUAAAAUACUGCGUCUGAGACUUGUUUAGCUGCAGUUCACUCUUCUCUGGUUUGGUUUUACCUUUUGAGUCAAACACAAUCACAGCAAGAUUGUGCCUCUGGCUGUGUUCAUGGUUCCCUUAAUUUACAAUUCUUUGAGAUGCCUAAAUUGCCCUAAACUACUGUUCUGUUUUGUCCAGACAUCCCCCCAUUUGCAUGGUCACCUUUCCAUGACCUGACUGCACCUCCUUCAGAGACUGCUAAGUAGUGCAGACGUGCAUUCACAAAUAUAUCCAGCACUGUCAUUCCAUUUAUCCGGGAGUGGGACAUCGUGGUCUCGCAUUCAUUCCAGUCAAUUUUCUCAGCCCUUUAUGAGGACUGUUAUGCACCUAUCCAGACAUGUUACAGAUAACAGAAUAUUUUGUUUCAGAAGGAACAGUUGGAAAUGUCCCAGUCUAAUUCCUGUUCAAAGCAGGAUUAUCCUGAGCAUCAUGGUAAGGUCAGCCCUGUCUUUGUCCUGCUGAGUCUUGCAAACAUCUGGUGAUGGAUAUACUACAGCUCCUCUGGAUUGCCUUUUCAGGUGCUGUACAUCUCUCGUAAGGAAGGGGAAAAAAGAUAAAAUCCAAUUUGAAGUUUCUGAGCUGCAGUUUCUUCCUCUUACGUUUUCUUAUUCCACCUUUUUAUUCUACAGGGGCAGUCUUGCUUCUGGUGUACUUGAAACUCCCUUUUCCCCACCUUCAGACAGCUCUUUGUGAUUUGGCAUCCUUUCUGCUGGACUACAUAACCCAAACUCAGCCUUCUGAGGCAACUCAGAAGCUGUGUGCUUAGACUCCUCACUGUCUUGGUAAUCUUUUGCUGCGCCCUGUCCAGUUUCUCAACAUUGAACUGGGUUUGGGAGGCUCCAGGCACUGGUAAACUUCCUUGGAUGGUAACUCUGCUGCAAACAGAUGUCUUUUUUCUGUUCAGGAGGGCCUCAGUGGCUGCUGGCACUCAUCACAUCCUCUUCCUAACUGAGGCUCUAAUCCAAAGAGCUGGAGCUGUUCUGUUCCUACAAUUUCAAUCUUCCAGCUUGCAGCCCCCUGUGAGUUAACCUUUACUUUGGGCACAGCAGCUGCUGUUUCUUCUCUAUUUUAGUAAGACUGUAUUAUACAUAUGCACUUCCCUAAGAGAAAUCCAUGCACUGAAUAAAAAUACUUAUGAAACAGUUUAAUCAGUCUUAAACAGACUGCUUUAAAUGCAGAUGAGUCAUGCUUUCCCCUCAUAGGAUAAAAGCAUAAAGAAUAAAUAUGUAUAAACUUUUCUUAUGUAAAAGGUCAGACUAAAUUAACUUCUGUUACAACCUUGAAACUUGAUUUCUCUGCUUUCGAAAAUUCAAUUCUCUAUUUUCACCCAAAGUGCUGCAAGAUCCUAUUAUCUGAGUAGCAAACUAACCAUAUCUGUCUGAAAUGGAUUUGCACACAUAGGUGCCAGAAGUCCAUUGGCUAUAUGCUAAAUGCACGGAGCUUCACGUCUUCAAGUAUCUUCUGCCUCUGAAGAGAUGAAACUGUGACACAGUGAAUAGGUCUGCUCUUGUUGCAAUCCAGCACGCCUUCCAGUCUUUGAAAGAUAUCAGCUACAAACACAAACUACUUAUCCAAAGGAACAAAUAAAAACCUUCUCCACAUAAAAGUCCAAUCUCCAGUAAUUUUUUUUUUUUUUUUUGAAGUGGGUAGUUUGAGUACAGCGAUGGCCUCAAUUAUUCUAUGCAUCCUAUAAAUGGGGUUACAUUCAUAAGUAAACAGAUUUUGGUGCUGAAAAUUCCAAUAUUUAAGCAACUAAUUUAAGAAGUUUAUCAUUCCUUCCUGAAAGCAUAAGUACUAGCAGUAAUCUACCUGCUAGUUCCAGUCCAGGAGACACUUCUUCUUUGCUACUUUUAUAUGGAUAAGACUCUGUGCAUCAUUCCCAACUGUGGAAAGAUGUCCAGGAAUUUCUGAUACAAUGUCAUAUACACAGCUAUAUGCAUGGGAAAGGUUGAAGAAUAGAUUGUGGGAAGUUUUUUGAUCUGAGUCAUCACUUUCAGCAAAAACGAUAAUAUAAAGUAUAGUUCUUGUAUGUCAUCUAUACCACAUGAUGUAUACCCUACCUACAUAUGUACACAGAAAGUGUCUUUUCCCAUAUGAGAAAUAUGUUAUUUCCAUAUGUGGUGUCUGUAUGUUCCCAGACACACUGUAUAUGUACCAUACCCUACUUAGAAGGAAGCUGGUAGUGAUCAUUGAGUCUAACAGGUUUCUGUUGCUUUUGGGGGGAAUUUAUGUUGAUUAUCCUCCAGAGCUCUGGUGAAAGAGCCGCUUGUUGGCUUCACCCACCUCAUUGGAGGAGAGAGAUUGUUUUGUAGAGUGAUUUGUCAACCUCUUGGCACACCAUUAACCAACUAAACUUAUCUGAGCAGUCCUGCAUUUUAUGUAUGUUAUCUACCACCUCCAUGGUUUCCAUGGUCAAUGCAACAUGUCAAACUGAGCUGCCCUAUCUCCUGAGAAGGAAGCUUAUCACCAUCUUUUAAUUUUCCUUCACAUCAAUCCUCUUCAGCCAAGCAUUCAUUUUUAAGCUGAUAGACCAAUGAUUUAUCAGCUUUGCCACUCUUCUUACUAAUUUUAGUCUUGUAUAUAUUUGACUAUGCAUGCAGUUUGGGAAAUUAAUUAUUUCUUUUUUCUGCAGUUAAAUCUUCUCAUGAAGUAUGAGGGAGAUCAGUCUAGACAAGCCACGGUAUUCCUUUGCAACAUAUCCAGAAAAAAACCACAAUAAAACCCCACUAAUAUUUUGUAGUGCAUUCUAUGUUUAUUUUUCACUGUGUUUUGCCAAGAAAAAAGAUACACAUAAUGUUUUGUCCCAUGCCUUUUUGGAUCUCCAGGUGAGUCAGAGUUGAGAUACAGCUCUGAUAGAUUAAGAAGGCGAAGAUAAACCCUUCAUCUGUCUAGGAUGUGACAGGAAUAUACCCCACCAAGAUGACAAUAAUGACAGGGAAAGCAAAGAGAACAACUUUCCAAACGCUACUGAAUUCACCAAAAUAAAUCACUCCAGAGUAUUAUUGGAUAUUUGGGAAAAGUAUCAGUUCAAAACUAAACCACAGAUCAACAUAUUCCAAAACACAAAGUUGAGAAAUAAAUUGAAACUUGUGUUGAUGUUCUACUACUUUGAUUUGUCUCUAAUAAUAAGAUUCCUUAAAUGCUAUACACUUUAACCUAGAACUUGUUUUCUUGGACUUAAACUAUGAAUUUAUUUAUUAUUGAGGGUUUUUUAGCCAGAGUCUCAGACUCAGGCCUCAGUCAUAUUUAUAACUCCCUUAAUAUAUCCUUAAAUCCUUUUUUAGAAAAAAAAAAAUCUGGUCUUAAAUCUACACCUUUUAAUUAUGCUUAAACAAUUAACCACAGCACUUGAGACAGAGAGUUAAACCUUCUCUAUUUGCAGAAUUACCUUCAAUGAACAGUACAAGCCUUAAUAGGGAAGACCUGUCUACUGGGAGAUUUUCUUUCUUGUUUAGAAGGAGUUUAUGUUUAUGAGUCUAAUUUAGUCAAAUAAAGACAGUAAGUGAAUUCUGCCCUCUUUCUUAGCCCUCUUUUCCAUGCUGUAAAUUCACAAUCAGGCACUUAAAACUAAACAUUCCAGUUAUGUUAUAAACAAAAUACAUCUGUGGGGCAGGUCUUGAUUUAUGUUAUGUCUUUCCUUGUGUGCAAUGUAUGAACACAGUUACUUUGUUUUUGACACUGGAACCACUAUUGUGGUUUAAGAGUCUUGGAAACCUUGAUGAAACUUUCUUCAAAGUUUAUUAAAAUUGUAACCCUCAAAAUCAAGCUUUAACUUUUUAAAUAGUUAAAGUUAGUAAUGUCAUCAGAAUUAACCUCAGUUUUACAGUAUCUAUUCAAAUGGAACACCUUACUUACGCUGCUGGAUUAAUUCUCAGCUCAAUGGUAACACCUAAAAUGUGUUACUUAUAUGAAGGACUGUGGUUGAUGCCCAAUUCCUGGAAGUAUUCAAGGCCAGGUUGGAUAGGGCUUGGAGCAACUGUGUCAAAUGUGUACACCUUCACUCUUCCUCAACUAAUAUGUGGAAUAGAAUGCUGUGAACAGGAGCAAAGUUCUGUGAAGAUCCUCAUCCUGUGUUUCAAAGAGUUAUAUUUUACUUAUUUUAUUAAAUAUUAAGAAAAUAUGUCUUGGAAUUAAAACCUACUGUUUCCUGUAAAUAAUUAGCUCUGAAAGUGCUUUUCUUUAAGCACACUCUUACAGUUUUUAGUUAACAAACGCAAGGCUAGAAAUUUUUUUAAAAGAAAUUAUAUGUUUUGUUUUAGGGGUUUUUUGGUUGGUUUUUUUUUCAGAUAAGUACCUGGCAAAUACUAUUGGGCUGAGUUUCAAAUGAGUAAUACUUUAAACAUUUUUCCUUUUCGUAAAAAACCUAUACGAAUUCAAGAUCUUGGCCCCUGAACUUAAUAACCAUUUGUACUCUUGCAUAGUGGAUGUAAAAUACUAACAUUGGAUAUAUGCCCAUGUUUGUGCACACAAACUGCAAAGCAAAGCAUCAGAGAUAUAUCCUUCUCCAAGUAAUUCCUUUGGGGCUGAUUGUUCAGGAUAAGCAAUAUGCAUGAUAUAACUGGUGCAUGUAACAGUAAGUGCAACCUUCUGCAAAUUUGAAUUUAAAGACAGUAACUUGAUACUGAGGCUGAACUUUGUAGAUGAGUAGUCUAUGGUAUUUUUAAUUAUAACUAUUUCUGUGGUCUGAAUAUGAGUACAGCUGAUUCUGUCAUGUGACACUACAGGUUGGACUUUUAAAUGAGACAUUAUUACAUUUGAUUGAGGCAGUUAUGUUUCUUGAAAACUGUAUUUCAAAUCAGACAGAAAAGGCAAUAAUUAGAGGCUGAGAGGAGUGAAAAUCUGUACCAUUUAUUUAUUUAUUUUUGAGAAACCAAGAUUUACAACACAUGCUUUGUCUGCCUCUCUCUAAUUUACUUCCUUUUCCCUAAUGAACAUUUGUCAACUGUCACACACUUCAAUUUUCUUUAGCUAUGUCUAUCAAGAUUUAAGUGAGACUUAUGUUGAAGAACCAAAACUAAUCUCACAAAGUGGAAACAAAUGAAGUUGAGUCAAUUCCGUGAUAUUUUAGGGAAAACAGAGAUGCAAAUCAAUUUUCUUGAAAUGUAGGUUCUGACUCAACAGCAUUCACAAGGUCUUUACUAAAGGUCUGAUCCUGAGAAAUGCUGGUCAAAGGAACUCUUGAUAUAAUGGUGAGAUGCCUAAGUGGAUUAACCUGAUGAAGAGCUUUAUACAGCCUGAGGAUCUUAUGGAAUGGCAACUAGCAGCAUCUGUGGCAUCUCAAAAUCAGACCACCAGAAGAUAGCAAAUGUUCUGGGUUCUUUUUAAAGCCAAUUUUCCAGUUGGUCAAAUGUAUUUUAAAAGUAACGUCUUCUUAGACAAAUACAGACCUCUCCAAGGGAUCAAGUCAAUGGAUUAAUGUGGACAGAUCCUUAUAGGUUAAGGGAAAGGGCUUUUUAUUUUUAAAUCUACUACUUUUAAUCAUGACCAUACAAAAAAGCUGAAGAAAUAUGACGUGGUCCCUUGUAUAAACAAGAUCAUGAAUGUAAAGCUUAUAAUGCCACUGUGAAAUUUCAAUGCUUAUUUAUUAUGGUUAUGAUGAAACCUGUAUAAUAAGAUGAUGAUGAUAAUAAUAAUAAUAAUAGUAAUAAUAAUAAUAAUAAUGAAUAGACAUCAGUGCCAAUAUGAUUCUACUAUUUUUCUACAUAUGCUUUAUUGUGGCAUUUUGUGUAGCUUGUGUUAUGUGUAAAGAAAUGUCAAUAAAAUCUUUGCUUCCUUUUGUCUGUA